GACUGCGCACGCACGCACGCACGCACUUAUUUGACAUCGCCGCCAUGUUGACGAUCUGCCCACGAGGUAUAAAGGACGAUCCGCUCCUUCCCGCGGUGCCCACGACCGUCUUUUGGUCCUCACCCGCGCCCGGCCCCUCAUUCGCUUAUGCCCAACUUCGUGGUGUUCAUUCCUUACCCACGUCCCUUCAUUCGCUUCAUUAUACCCAACGUCGUGGUGUUUAAUCCAGAUACUCAACAAUAACAACAACAAGAUGAGAGUCUCAACCGCCUUUGCCCUCGUCGCCGCCGCCAUCGGCGUGCACUCCGCCCCCGUCGCCGAGCUUGCCACCCGCGCCGUCAUUGACCACGACAAGGUCGUCGGCUUCCCGCAGACCGUCCCCGCCGGCGCCGUCGGCAGCGCGUACCUGCGCUACCAGCCCUAUCUCAAGGUCGUCAACGGCUGCGUCCCGUUCCCUGCCGUCGACGCUCAGGGCAACACCAGCGGCGGCCUCUCCACCUCCGGCUCGUCCAACGGGGACUGCGCCAAGAACCUCGGCCAGGUGUAUGCGCGCGGCACUGCGUACAACGGGCGCUACGCCAUCAUGUACGGCUGGUACUGGCCCAAGGACUCGCCCUCGCCAGGCUUUGGCCACCGCCACGACUGGGAGUCGGCCAUUGUCUGGCUCGACGACGUCAAUAAGGCGAGCCCGACGAUCCUUGCCAUCUCGACCUCGGCACACGGCGGCUUCGACACGGAGACGUCGGGGCUGCAGCUCAGCGGCACCCGCCCCAAGAUCCAGUAUUACAGCACCUGGCCCGUCAACCACCAGCUCGGCACUACCAGCACCCAGGGCGGCGAGCAGCCCCUCGUCGCGUGGGAGAGCAUGACCCAGGCCGCUCGGGACGCGCUGCAGAACACGGACUUCGGCAGCGCCAAUGUGCCGUUCAAGGAUGGCAACUUCCUGAGCAAUCUCGCCGAGGCGUCCUUCUAGGCGAGCGGGAGCUGAGCAACGAGAGUAGAAUACAUGUAAUGUGACAUGGUCGAUAUAACGGAGAGUCCAUGAAGACCCGAUGUGCGUGACGCUGCGCGAAUGUGGAAUAUCCAGUGAAUAAAGUAUCCAUGCCUGCAACUGUGGCAGCACC